AGAGAGAGAGAGAGAGAGAGAGAGAGAGAGAGAGAGAGAAGAGAAGAGCGGAGAGAGAGCCUCCCGUUGCUCUCGCUGGAGAAGGGAGUGACUGAGGGGCUGGCGAGGAAGGGACAGGAUGGCUUAGAAGCCUCUGCUCACAGAACCCACGACAGGGAGAGGCUCUAGGCAGAGUCUGAGGCUGCUGUAAUGGCUGGGGCUGGUGAGUCCCCUCAAGGGCCCUGAGAGCCCCCUACCCCGCCUCUAAGGGACACCCCAGAAGUUAGCAUCAGUGGGACUUGGAAGCUCCGAUUGCAACAACAUAGCCCAGCUAUGGCUGGCGAUUCUAGGAAUGCUAUGAACCAGGAUAUGGAGAUUGGAGUCACUCCCUGGGAUCCUAAGAAGAUUCCCAAACAGGCUCGAGAUUACAUCCCCAUUGCCACUGACCGCACCCGCCUGCUGGCGGAAGGCAAGAAGCCCCGCCAGCGCUACAUGGAGAAGAGCGGCAAGUGCAACGUCCACCAUGGCAAUGUCCAAGAAACCUACCGAUACCUGAGUGACCUCUUCACCACACUGGUGGACCUCAAGUGGCGCUUCAACCUGCUGGUCUUCACCAUGGUCUACACCAUCACCUGGCUGUUCUUUGGUUUCAUCUGGUGGCUCAUUGCUUAUAUUCGGGGUGAUUUGGACCAUGUUGGUGACCAAGAGUGGAUUCCUUGUGUUGAAAACCUCAGUGGCUUUGUGUCUGCCUUCCUGUUCUCCAUUGAGACUGAAACCACCAUUGGGUACGGCUUUAGGGUGAUCACAGAGAAGUGUCCAGAGGGGAUCCUACUCCUCUUGGUCCAGGCCAUCCUCGGCUCCAUCGUCAAUGCCUUCAUGGUGGGGUGCAUGUUUGUCAAGAUCAGUCAGCCAAAGAAGAGAGCGGAGACGCUCAUGUUUUCCAACAACGCGGUCAUCUCCAUGCGGGAUGAGAAGCUCUGCCUCAUGUUCCGAGUGGGUGACCUUCGCAACUCCCACAUCGUGGAGGCCUCCAUCCGCGCCAAGCUCAUCAAGUCCCGGCAGACCAAAGAAGGGGAAUUCAUCCCCCUGAACCAGACUGACAUCAAUGUGGGCUUUGACACAGGGGAUGACCGUCUCUUCCUAGUGUCACCACUCAUCAUCUCCCACGAGAUCAAUGAGAAGAGCCCUUUCUGGGAGAUGUCUCGGGCCCAGCUGGAUCAGGAGGAGUUUGAAAUCGUGGUCAUUCUAGAAGGGAUGGUGGAGGCAACAGGCAUGACUUGCCAAGCACGGAGCUCCUACAUGGAUACAGAAGUGCUCUGGGGCCACCGGUUCACACCAGUCCUCACCUUGGAAAAAGGCUUCUAUGAGGUGGACUACAACACCUUCCAUGACACCUACGAGACCAACACACCCAGCUGCUGUGCCAAGGAGCUGGCAGAAGUGAAGCGGGAAGGCCGGCUUUUCCAGUACCUCCCCAGCACUCCCCUGCCAGGAAGCUGCGCUAAAGCAGAGGUGGAUGCAGAGGCUGAACAGAAUGGAGAGGACGAGCCUGAGGGGCUAAGUGGGUCCCGGGAAACCAGAGGUUCCGUGUAAGGGCUGCAGUCUCCUCACCACCUCCCUUCACUGACUUCUAUGAACUCAGACACUGUAGAGCCAGGGGUGAAGGGGCUGAAUCAGCUGAGUGUGGUGUUUGGGGCACCCAGAACCCAUCAGGGCUCUGUGGGGAGGAACAGUAUAUCCAGUCCUGGAAUCUCCCAGCUCAGGGCCUCUCCCAACAGGUGGCCUGUUGCCUGGGCCACCACAGCAAUGCUGCCUCUUCUCUUCCAGCCUCUGUGGGCGCUGGCUAAGGGGCUGGCCUGGAUGGGUUUCCUCACUGAAAAUUACAGGGUGGCCUCUGUCUCACACACACCUCUGACAUCUGACCCUAAGACGUAAGGAUCACCUCCCUCCUUACGCCUCACAAACCAACCGGCAGCUCCCCGCUGGAGGUUGACACCUAGAGAGAGCUGUCACCCAUCCUCUCAUUACAACCACCCUAAGGCUCAUCAUGGAUUUAGGGAGGAGAGAUUCUGCCCUCCGGGAAGCUCAAACCCCCAUCAUAGAGUGAGUCACAGACUUCGUGGGUAAUGGUCAAUCCAAGUCACGCAGGCACUCCCUUUCAAAUCUGAGACCAGUGACUUUUUGAGAGCUGCCAUGUCCAAGGCCCUUGAUGAUCUGUCAGUAUUUGGGAAGUGUGUGUGUUUUUCCUCUGCUGUGUUCUCCAUGUCAAAUGUAACCUACUGGAUAAUUGAUCUCCUUCAAGUAACUCUUAGAAGGCAGCCUGCACCACAGAGCACCUCUGAGCACGUGGAUAGUUGCCUUAGCCACUUCCUGGCCACCCCUAAGUCACACUGUACUCUCUACCUUCCCCCACAGGCAGAACCCCAGAAGCUGGUUCUUUUUUGUACUUUUGGCCCAAGAAUCUCAAAGCACUUCGAACCUUCACUGUGGUUUUCUUACAGUCUCAGGGAGACUGUGAGGAAUCCAGGUAGAACGCAAACUGAGUUUCAGAGGGCAAGAUGAGCCAGUCAGUGCUGAA